AUGCAUCGUAUGAAUCUAGAAUCAAUGCCCGAUGAAAUUCUCCUAGAAAUCUUUGAUUAUAUACCCGGUUGCGAUUUAAUAUAUUCAUUUUAUAAUCUAAAUCGACGUUUUAAUUCAAUAAUUCAUGGUAUUCGUCUAAAUCUUGAUUUAUCAUAUGUUCAACAAAAAACUUUUCUAUAUAUAUGUCAUUAUAUAUUACCAGAAUUUUAUCAACAAAUUUAUUCAAUUAAAUUAUCAAAUAAACAAACUAUUGAUGGUAUUAAUUAUUAUCUUGAACAAUCAAAAUAUCUUCAACAAGAUCAAGUUAAAAAUUUAAUUUUAACUGAACCCACAAUCGAACAAUUAAUAAAAUUAAUGUCUUAUUUUCCAUUUUUAAAAACUUUAAUAAUUAAAACAAGUGAUUAUUUAGUUGUACCAAUUGAAUAUCUUUCAAAAACAUUACGUACAUGUCGUAUGCCAAAUUGUCAAAUUGAUUUAUCAAAUUUAAAUAUUGAAGAAAAAGAAAUUUAUUUUGUUGAAGAAUUACAUAUUAAAAUGUCGGAUAUAAAUAAUCUUUUUACACUUUUAUAUUCAAUGAUCUAUAUGAAACGUUUAACAUGUCAUAUAUCAGAAAAUUCUUCAAUUAUUAAUUCAAAUAUAAAUUCACAACAAAUUUUAUUAUUAUUAAAUUAUUUAAAAUUAAAUAUAUGUUCAAUAUCAUUUAAAUAUAUUGAAAAUCUUAUUGAUUUAUGUCCGAAUUUAACAUCAUUUAUUUAUACAUAUACAACAGGUAUAGAAUCAUCGCAUGAUAAUGAACAUAUUGAUUAUGAACGUUGGAAUAAUUUAUUUACAAAUAAAUUACAUCAUUUAAAAACAUUUGAUUUACAUAUAUCGUUGAAUAUUGAUGCACAACGUGAUUUAGUUUUUAUAACAAAAAAAAUUCAAGAAUUAAAAUUUUUAAUUACUAAUCAUAUUCGAAUUAUUUAUGAAAUAACUUCAUAUAAACAUAUCAUAUGCACAAUACCAUUGAUGAAAUCACAUUUAACUAAUUUUCUAACUAAAUCUUCUUUAUCAAAUAUACCUAAUGCAUAUUCACGUAUACGUCAUUUUGAUUUAGUAUUAAAUGAAACAAUUCUUAAUCAACAACAACAUACAAUACGUUGUCCACUUGUUCAUUCAUUUUAUUUAGGUCUUUAUGAAAAUAUAGCACCAAUCGAACAACAAUCACGUUUAUUAUUAAAUCAAUCGAUAUCAUUUGUCUAUUUAAAACAUUUUGAAUUAUAUGGUACAUGUAUAACAGAUGGUUUUGUUGCACAAUUAUUAUCAAAAAUGACAAAUUUAAGUUCAUUAACUUUACCAUUAACACAUUUAAUAUCAUGUCAAAUAAAUGAAACAAUAAGUCAAAAUAUGAAAAAAAUCAAAAAAUUACAAUUAGCUUUAACAGAAACAAUAUCAAUUGAUUGUGUUAAUAAUGUUUUAAUACCAAGUUUUCCUAAUUUAAAUUCAAUGAGUUUUGCUAUUGAUAAUAGAUUACAGUCAUUUGAAAAAAUUUUAUUAGCAAUGACUGGAAAUGUUAAUAAUAAUGAUAAUCAUUUAAAAUAUUUAAUGUUUUUAGAACUUUUUGCACUUGAUCAAGAUUGGAAUCAUACAUUAUUAACUCCACUAGAAAAAUUUAUACGAUAUAAAAAUAAUUAUCGUUUUCUUUAUAUUUGGUUGUAA